UUAUCACAUGUAAUAUGUAAAUCUUUUUUUCCAUCUUUAGCAAAUGUUUUAAUUGCUUGAUAAACCAUAUUUAAUGUUGUAUUAGCCCCUUUUGACAUACCUUUAGGAAAUUCAUCUUCCGUAAUAACAAAAUUUAUUUGUCUAUUUUCUCCACCUUCGGUUUUGCAAACACCAAAUAAAUGAACAGCAUAGGCUGUUUUAAAAAAAAUUGAUCCAACUUGCUGUGGUGAAUAUGGAAUUGAUACAUUUUGUGCCCAAUCAUAACAAAUAUGUGCUAUAGAUAAAUCCUGUUUGCUUUUUUCGAUAUUAUCAUUAUAAUGUUUUCGUUCAAGAUCUGCUGCUUUAUGGUGUUCUUCAUAUUGAUCUUUUAUAAUAUUGUAUUUAUCAAUAUCACUUUUCGCUGCUUGCAUUUUUGCUUUGAAUUCUACACACUUUUCACAAAGAUCAGAUGCAGAAGGUUGGAAUUUGAGAUUAGGUAUUAAUUCGUGCCAAAGUCUACGAAAUGUAGAAUAAGAAAUGAUAGUUUCACUUUCAUCAUGUUCAAGAUAAAAAUCUUCUUUGUAUUUCUUAUAUAUUGAAGUAUAAUUUUCACCA